AUAACUGUAAUCACUUACUCUUAGUCAUCAACACAAAAAAAAGAAAGAAAAAAAAACUUAAGAUCAUAUAUUCCAUUUACUUUCUUCUUCCAUCCAUUCUGUUAUUUCUUUCUCUUCUUGAAAUCAUUAUUAUGGCGUUGGAAGAGAUCUUUGUUAACGGUGCCACAGGGUUCAUGAAAAGGCUGGUUUCUGUUGCUGCCAAAAAAAUUGGAAACGUUGGGGCUGUAAACGAAGAUCUGCAAAAGCUCAAGGAUACACUGGAGAUGAUCGCUGCUGUUACAUCUGAUGCUGAAAAGAAGCAGGUGAAAGACAAAAUCGUGCAGCUCUGGUUGAGAAGGCUCCAGGAUGUUGCAUAUGAUGCUGACGACCUUUUGGAUGAAAUUUCUUAUGAAGUUAUGCGUCAAUCCCAAGAAGAUGGAAACGCGGGGAAGGUAACAGUCCUAUCUAAAAUUAAAUUUGGUUCGGAAGUCGCAAAACGAAUCAAAAUCAUUAAUAAAGAGUUAGAUGGAAUUUCUAAGGACAACGUUAUGUUUAAGUUGGAACAUAGCUUUGAAGAUGAUCAAAAUACUGAACAACUAGAUCGAAUUACACAUUCUUUCAUAGGUGAUUCUAAAAUUGUUGGAAGAGAAAAAGAUAAAUCUCGCAUAGUAGAGAUGUUAUUGAUGACUGAUCCUUCAUCAUCAUCAUCCAAUAAUUUUAGUCCACAAGAAAAUAUCUCAGUCGUGUCCAUAGUGGGUAUGGGGGGACUUGGGAAAACGACCCUAGCUCAAUUGGUAUACAAAGACCACUCAAUUGAGAGAAGCUUUGAGCCAAGAGCUUGGGUCUGUAUUUCUGAGGAGUUUGAUAUCUAUCUAAUUUUAAAAAAUAUUCUCGAGUCCAUUACUCAAAAAAAGUGUGAUGAUUUUUCGAAUGUCGGUGUGCUAGUACAGAAAGUUCAUAAAGAAAUUAGUGGGAAGAAAUAUUUGUUGGUACUAGACGAUUUAUGGAACGAGAAUGCCGAAGACUGGGAGAAACUUAAGGGUUAUUUAAGCGGGGGUGCUCAAGGGAGUAAAAUACUAGUAACUACACGUAAAGAAAAUGUUGCAUCUAUCGUUAGGGGUAACAUUCCACCGUACAAUCUAACAACCUUAGGUAAUCAAGCUUGCUGGUUAAUCAUUAAGAAUAGAGCUUAUUCUCUAGGCGGAGCAGUCGAGAGUCUAACUAUGUCAAAAAUAGGCCAGGAGAUAGCGAGAAAAUGUGGUGGUUUACCACUUGCAGCUAUUUUUCUCGGAAAUCUAAUGCGCUUGAAAAAAAAGGAAUCUGAUUGGUUAGCGAUCAGAGACGAUGACGUUUUCAAUACACCAGAAAAUCCGAACAAAAUCAUACUAAUAUUGAAAUUGAGCUAUGAUAAUUUACCUUCUCAUUUGAAAAAGUGUUUCUCGUACUGCAGUUUAUUUCCCAAAGAUCAUAAACUUAAUAGAGAAACACUGAUUCAAUUGUGGAUGGCUGAAGGAUUCCUUCAUCCAUCUACGGGAAGAAAUCAAAUCUCACCUGAAUAUGUUGGUAAUGAUUAUUUCCUUAGUUUGUUGUCUAGCUCUUUCUUUCAAGAUGUAGAAACGGAUGAUGAGUUAGGUGACAUUGAAACGUUCAAAAUGCAUGAUUUGGUGCAUGAUCUUGCGUUAAGUGUCGUUGGUAGUCAUGAAGUCACGAUUCUAAACACAAGUGAAAUGGAAAAUGAUGUAUCUGGAAUUCGUCGUCUGCGGUUAAUGAUGGAAGAAGUAUCAAGACCAUCUUCUAAUGUCUCCAAAAAUGCAGAAAAACUGCGCACAGUUUUCUGCCAAGAAGGUUAUUUUUGUCAGAGUUCAGCUAGUAACAAGCGUCUUCGUGUAAUUCAUCGGCUUGAUUCUGCUACACAGGAAACCAUAUCUUCAACUUUGAAGUUUAAACACUUGAGGUACCUUGACCUCAGUUAUUCCUGUAUUAAAUCUUUUCAUGCUGUAUCCAUCAGUCAACUCUACAAUCUGCAGACUCUCAACCUUCACCGGGCUUUCGGCAAUUCUCAUCAACACUCAACUAUUCAAAACAUUCUCAACAUUCUCAACCUUCACCGGGAUUUCGGAAAUUCUCAUCAACACUCAACUAUUGAAAACAUUCUCAACAUAAUUGGUUCUUUGACAAAUUUACGUCAUCUUGAUAUCUCUUACACAGCAACCAAAGUGUUACCUGAUUCCAUCAUUAGGCUCACCAAUUUGCAGACUUUGAAUAUGAAGUGUUGUGAUGUUAGUGCCUUACCGACAAAUAUUGGGUCUCUCCAAAAUCUAUCUUCCCUUGACAUUUCAUACACAAUAAUCACAGAGUUACCCGACUCAAUCUGUCUCAUCUCUAAUCUAAAGAAGUUAACCUUCCGCCGUUGCUGGAGAUUAAAAGCACUACCUCGUAACAUUGGAACUUUGACACAACUAAGAUCACUUGAUUUGAAUGGUACUUCUAAUUUAUAUGAAUUGCCUGAAUCUUUGACUAGCAACCUCUGUAAAUUAGAGUCAGUGGACCUUUAUUUUCUUCGCAAGUUUCCCAAAGACAUUAAGAAUUGGGUUGAAUUGAGACGACUCACUUUCGGCGAAAGAACGGAUGGUGUAAAAAUGCCAAGUGGCAUAGAAAACCUAACUCGCCUCGAAGUAUUAAAACCUUACCUGGUGACGAAAGAAGAAGUCUGCACCACCCGAACUAGUUCUAUCUAUGAAUUAGCAGAUCUAAACUCCCUUCGGAAGUUACAGAUACUAAAUCUAGAGAAUGUGAGAGGUGGCAAAAUAGAGGCGGAGACGGCCAAGUUAAAAGACAAGCUAAACCUUGACGAUUUAUGGCUACGAUGGAAAACCGAAGAAGAAGAUGAAGAAGUGGCUGCUGGUGCUACUAUGGUGCUGGAAGGUCUCCAACCUCACUCUAAUUUGGAGAUAUUGUGGAUCGAGGGUUUUCCUGGUUUAAAGCUUCCAAAGUGGAUGAGUUCAUCUUCCUCUCUUCCAAAUUUAGUGGUAUUAUUCUUUAAAAACUGCAACUGUAGAAAUCUUGUAGGCCUGGGUCAACUCCCAUGUCUUAAGGAUCUUCGUAUUGAGGGUAUGCAUUCACUGAAGAGUUUGGGUAAACAAUUUUAUUACCAGCAGGAAGAAGAAGAGGAAAAAGAAACAACAACAACAUUAUUCCCUUCGCUAACGAGGUUUACAAUUGAAAAAAUGAAAAACUUGGAAGAAUGGUGUGCACUUCCUCCAACUGUGAAUUCCUUUCCUUUCCUUGAGCGAUUAGAUAUCAAGUGGUGCCCUAAUUUGAAAUCUAUACCAGAUUUACGAUUAUGGUCUUCUCUCCGGAAUAUAAGAAUCACCGACUGCAAUAACUUCGAGAAGUCAUUACCUUAUGAUCUCAAUAAGUCAUCCUUGACCUUUCUUGAAGAGCUCUCUGUUGGUGCUGGUUUGAAGAGGUCCAAUGCGAUCAGAUAGCUCUGCUACAAUUCAUAUCAUCCAUCCAACAUCAACAGGAUUCAAUUUGGAAGCCAUCUACAUAUCCAGCACGGUAUUAGUUUACGUUGAAAGUUGUCCAACAGAGAGUUACAAAAUUCCAUGCAUGGAUUAUAAUCAGCAAUGAAGGUAUCGACAAAGUAAGGUAAAGACAUGGUGGUUUAAUAUUAUUGCAUCACUGUAUGUUCAACAUGGGCGCAGUAUCACGUUCCAGUUUUCUUCACUUACUCUGGAUAUUAAACGUGAUAGUGUCCCGUUUUCAGAACUCACAGGAAGAGGUGAGCAAUUCCUGUAGAUAUAAAUAAAUGGAUGAUGAUGGAUUGUAAGAGGUCGAAUAUGCAUGUGGGGAGCUCCAUGAAGAAUAACAGAGAUGAAGACGUGCCAUGUGCAGCGGGAGAUGGACAAGUAACUCAUUUGGGAGCAGUUGGAUUAAUCUGGUUUCAACAACAAAUAGAGUAUAAAUUUCAGUUUUGUAUGUAUUUUUGUUUAUGGUUUUUGUUUUGAAAAUUAAUACAUUUUGCCUCAGAUAAUGAUCGGUGGUGGUGCCAACCUAGUUGGGAUGACAGUCCCCACAUAAAGAUGUUCUAAAACGCUCAAACUCUUAUGUUUAUGGAACUUUGAUUUCUCUUUCUCUUUCAACUAUAAUUUAUUUUCUUGGUGGCGAA